GAUUGUUGUUGAAGCUCAACUCAUCCACACUUGUUGACUAAUCAACUUCCUACAUAUUUCCCUCCUUAUUUCUUCUCAACACAACCAACCGUUUUUCACCGACGAUCGGAUGAUGGAAAGCGUCACCGGAGGUUCUAUCUCGCCGUACAAGCUUUUGUUCCGAUCCCUAACUCUCAUACCUAUCUCUCACUACCUUCUGCUAGCGUUUCUUGUUUCGCUUGUUUACGUAUACAAUCUACUCGAAGUUCAUAUCAUACAGGACUUUUUUAGCGGUGGUUCUGUGUCGCUGACGUUUCAUUCAUCAUCCGAUUUGUAUAGAGAGGUUGUUUCUAAGUGUCAGCUGCUUCAUGGAAGAUACUUGGCUACUCCUUGGCUUUCGAGUCCCCAUCUUCAGACUAUCUUGCUGAAUGUUAUAGUGAAGAUUCCUAGUUUCAGCUACAAAAGAGAGAUAUUUCGCACUUCAGAUGAUGGAACAAUUGCAUUGGAUUGGCUGAUGACCUCUGAUGUUUCUGAGACAAGCUUUCAAGUCAACGGAACCAAUGCGGUUGCUGAUAUACCUCUUGUGAUAGUGGUUCCUGGCUUAACAAGUGAUUCUAAUUCCCCUUACAUUAAGAAGAUUGCGUACGAUAUGGCAAAACAUGGAUGGAAUGUUGUUGUAAGCAAUCACCGAGGGCUAGGAGGCGUUCCACUCACUUCGGAGUGCUUCUACACUGCAGGAAGAUCAGUUGAUUUAGGCGAAGUAGUUAAUCAUAUUCAUCGCAAACAACCCGAAACUUCCCUUUAUGCUGUUGGAACUAGCCUUGGUGCCAACAUUCUGGUAAAGUAUCUUGGUGAGGACGGUGUCAACGUACCUCUUGCUGGGGCUGUAUCCAUCAGUAAUCCUUGGGACCUUUUGAUUGGUGACAGAUUCUUCACACGUGCGAUUAUGCAGAGGUUCUAUAAUAGAAUUUUAGGGAGUUCCUUAAAAGGGGCUGCCAAAUUGCAUCAGGAAACGUAUGCUCGCCUUUCAGAUUGGGAAGGAAUUGAAAAGUCCCGCACAAUUCGAGAUUUCAAUGAUCAUUCUGCUCGAAUUGCUGGAAAUUUUGAGUCAAUUGAUGCGUUUCAUAGAUGGGCUAGCAGUGCCCGUUUGGUUCACAACGUGUCGGUCCCACUUCUCUGUCUCAAUGCCAUUGAUGAUCCUGUCUGCACAGAUGAAGCCAUUCCUUGGGACGAGUGUCGGAAAAAUAAAAAUGUUGUUCUUGCUACCACGCAACACGGAGGACACAUUGCAUUUUUUGAAGGAAUGUCUGGAAAGAGCUUGUGGUGGAUAAGGGUUGCAGAAGAAUAUCUUUCUAAUCUUCAUGCAAGCCCGACGAUGAGCAAACAACAGAUGCAAAAGUUUAAAGAAUCGGAUUCACUAUCUCGAGACAACAAGAAAUUAGUCUAGCUUCGGACUACUCGGUUCAGUUAUUUUCUGGCUUCAGUUCAUCUGUACAUCAAGCAGUAAGUCAGUUCAAUGCCUGUGAGAUAUUUCAGCGUUGGUUCUUAGUCGAAAAGCUCGACUUAUGAACAUUAAAUUGUUCAUGUAGAUUGGCGUGGUAGUUUUUUAAAUUGUACCCGGGAAAGAAGCUGUUGUUGAAACAUGUGAUUGUGAGGACCUCUACAUUCUUCAUUUAUGUUGUCAGAGACAUUUUUACUUUUGAAUCCUUUAUUAAUUACGACAUGUUUGAAUCCAAAAUUUUAUGAAACUUGUUCGUAGAAGUCUAGCGCGAGUCCUGUAUAGUAAACAUGGGCGAUCCCACAUCGGAGAUCAUGCUAAGUUAAUGAUUUGGUUAUUUGUAAGUCAUUAGUCAAUCACGGACCCAUGGAUAUUUUUCAUGGGGGACGGAAAUUUGUAUUAGCCGGUUGUCUACCACUAAGUAUUAAAAAAAAGUCCUAUUCUAUU